GCCGUCUAGACCCCCUCACCGACCCCCUCGCCCCUGCCCUUCCACUCUCGAGGCCCUCGAAGACGGGCGGUGGCUGCCCAGAGGUGCUCGGCUACACCUUCCUUCGGCCCAAAAGGACCUUCCUGGCCGCACGGAACCGACCCUUCCUUCAUGCUGCAGUGCUGCAACAUUUCCGCCACCGAGGGGGAAAAGCGGCCGCGAUCCCAAACAAAACACAAGAAUUGGUGUGUGACUCAUCUGCUUGGAUACCUCCAGUCCCUGAACUGUCUUCCAGGAGUUUUCUUAGCCGGAGCUGACCGAUGUUUGAGCCUUUUCUUCCCAGGGAAGAGGAUGGACUGAAAGCUGCCAGUCGGGGACUUUGUCUGAUCAGGGCGCUGCUGGGUUUUAAAGGAGGUGAUGGGGCUUGCGCUGGCUUGUCUUCCCACUCAAGUGAAGAGUUGUUGAUGUUCACUGGUUAUGCUUAGACAAUGCGCAGUUUGUUUUAAUUUAAAAUUUUGGGGGGGAUAGGGGUAUAAGCUUGUGAAGGGCAGUCCGGAUCCGGUGGAACUCCUCUUUGUCCCUUGGUAGGAGAGACACCCCAGUCUGUCCUCGAUGCCGUCAGCCUUGGCCAUCUUCACUUGCCGCCCGAACUCGCACCCAUUUCAGGAGCGCCAUGUCUACCUGGACGAACCUAUUAAAAUCGGCCGCUCCGUGGCCCGCUGUCGACCAGCUCAGAAUAAUGCUACCUUUGAUUGCAAAGUGCUGUCAAGGAACCACGCUCUCGUCUGGUUUGAUCACAAGACGGGCAAGUUUUAUCUCCAAGACACUAAAAGUAGUAACGGUACCUUUAUAAAUAGCCAGAGAUUGAGUCGAGGCUCUGAAGAAAGUCCACCAUGUGAAAUUCUUUCUGGUGACAUUAUCCAGUUUGGGGUAGAUGUAACGGAGAACACACGGAAAGGUACGGUUACCCAUGGGUGUAUUGUUUCUACAAUAAAACUUUUUCUACCAGAUGGUAUGGAAGCCCGGCUCCGCUCAGAUGUCAUCCAUGCUCCAUUACCAAGUCCUGUUGACAAAGUUGCUGCUAACACUCCAAGUAUGUACUCUCAGGAACUAUUCCAGCUUUCUCAGUAUCUACAGGAGGCCUUACAUCGGGAACAGAUGUUGGAACAGAAGUUAGCCACACUUCAGCGGCUACUAGCCAUCACCCAAGAGGCUUCAGAUACCAGUUGGCAGGCUUUAAUAGAUGAAGAUAGACUCUUAUCACGGUUAGAAGUUAUGGGAAACCAAUUACAGGCAUGCUCUAAAAAUCAAACAGAAGAUAGUUUACGGAAGGAACUUAUAGCAUUACAGGAGGAUAAACACAACUAUGAGACGACAGCCAAAGAGUCCCUGAGGCGGGUUCUUCAGGAGAAAAUUGAAGUGGUUAGAAAACUUUCAGAAGUUGAGCGAAGUCUGAGUAAUACUGAAGAUGAAUGUACCCAUCUGAAAGAAAUGAAUGAACGGACUCAGGAAGAAUUAAGAGAAUUAGCCAAUAAAUAUAAUGGAGCAGUAAAUGAGAUUAAAGAUUUAUCUGAUAAAUUAAAGGUUGCAGAAGGAAAACAAGAAGAAAUCCAGCAGAAGGGACAAGCUGAGAAAAAAGAAUUACAACAUAAAAUAGAUGAAAUGGAAGAAAAAGAACAGGAGCUCCAGGCAAAAAUAGAAGCUUUGCAAGCUGAUAAUGACUUUACCAAUGAGAGGCUAACAGCUUUACAAGUACGGUUAGAACAUCUUCAGGAGAAAACUCUUAAAGAAUGCAGCAGCUUAGGGAUACAAGUUGAUGACUUCUUACCUAAAAUAAAUGGGAGCACAGAAAAAGAGCACUUGCUUUCAAAGAGUGGCGGGGACUGCACUUUUAUUCAUCAAUUCAUAGAAUGCCAGAAGAAGCUGAUCGUCGAGGGGCAUCUAACCAAAGUGGUAGAAGAAACAAAGCUUUCAAAAGAAAACCAGGCAAGAGCAAAGGAAUCUGAUUUGUCGGAUACUCUGAGUCCAAGCAAGGAAAAGAGUAGUGACGACACUACAGACGCCCAAAUGGAUGAGCAAGACCUAAAUGAACCUCUUGCUAAAGUGUCCCUAUUAAAAGAUGACUUGCAGGGCGCACAGUCAGAAAUUGAGGCAAAACAAGAAAUUCAGCAUCUGCGCAAGGAAUUGAUUGAAGCCCAGGAACUAGCUAGAGCAAGUAAACAAAAAUGCUUUGAACUUCAAGCUCUUUUGGAAGAAGAAAGAAAAGCCUAUCGAAAUCAAGUUGAGGAGUCCAGUAAACAAAUACAGGUUCUUCAAGCCCAACUACAGAGGUUACACAUCAAUAUUGAGAAUCUCCGGGAGGAGAAGGACAGUGAAAUCACAAGCACUCGAGAUGAACUGCUUAGUGCCCGGGAUGAAAUUUUACUCCUUCAUCAAGCAGCAGAAAAGGCUGCCUGUGAGCGGGACACUGACAUUGCCUCAUUACAAGAAGAGCUUAAGAAGGUGCGAGCUGAGCUUGAGCGGUGGCGGAAAGCAGCGUCUGAAUAUGAGAAAGAAAUCACAAGUCUACAAAAUAGUUUUCAGCUUCGAUGUCAGCAGUGUGAGGACCAGCAGAGAGAAGAAGCAACAAGGCUACAAAGUGAACUAGAGAAGUUGAGAAAGGAAUGGAAUGUAUUGGAAACCGAAUGCCAUUCUCUAAAAAAGGAAAAUGUUUUGUUAUCAUCAGAACUGCAGCGACAAGAAAAAGAAUUGCACAAUUCUCAGAAGCAGAGUUUAGAGCUUACCAGUGAUCUCAGCAUCCUUCAGAUGACUAGGAAAGAGCUUGAGAAUCAAGUGGGAUCUUUGAAAGAACAGCAUCUUCGGGAUUCAGCUGAUUUAAAAACUCUUCUCAAUAAGGCUGAAAACCAAGCAAAGGAUGUACAGAAAGAGUAUGAAAAGACACAGACUGUACUCUCAGAACUGAAGUUGAAGUUUGAAAUGACUGAGCAGGAAAAACAAUCAAUCACAGAUGAGCUCAAACAAUGUAAAGACAACCUGAAGCUGCUCCGAGAGAAAGGAAAUAAUAAACCCUGGCCCUGGAUGCCCAUGUUGGCUGCCCUGGUUGCGGUGACAGCCAUCGUGCUGUACGUGCCAGGUCUGGCCAGAGCUUCUCCAUGAGAGCGUUUCUUGAGUCCGUACACCGUCCUCCCUUUAGAAGCUGGCAUCACACUCAUGCUGGGGACAAACAGAACCAUUUUCUUCCUUUUUACCUCUUAAGACAGCAGAAGUGCAAGAAUACAGCUGUAGGGUCAUUGCUUUAACUUAUAUAAAAUGUAUCUAUCUAUAAAGAGGAUAUAAAAUUGUGACUUUAUUCUACUGUAAGCAAUAAUUUGCUUGCAAUUUUUCAUGUAAUUUUUAAAUUAGUAUGUUGAGAUUCUGAAUAUUAUGGUGGCCUAAAGUAGGCUUCUUGGUACACCAAAUUAUUUAUAACAUUAAAUUUAUGGGUAUUUUACUCUGAAUUCUAAUGGCCAGAUAAUUCAUUUUUCUGAUUCGAUAACUACCCAAACCAAACAACCAACACAUACAUGGGAAGAGAGGCCCUGUGUGCUCAGUGCCUAUCAGUUUGAAAUAUAUACACAUAUAUAUAUAUUUUUUACAUAUUUACGCCAUUUUUACUUGUUAUAAAACCACUGAGCUAUUGGGAACAAGACUUAGAGACAACUAUUUGCGUGGAUUUUCUUUCUUUCUUUCUUUUUCUUUCUUUUUUUUUUUUUUUAAGAAGAAAUACACUUGGAAAAUAUUCUGUUCUAGUGAUAAUUUGGGGAAUAUGUGCACGCUUGUUCAGCCUUAAUGUGACUUGACGAUGUGGAGGACAUCAACUUUGAAAAACUUUCCAUGAGAGUGUGUAUUUUCUUGAGCAAACUGAAGUAUUUCUGGGAGCAAAAACAGUAAUUCUACAAUUUCAGUGCAGUAAACCAAACUGUUGAGUCAAUUGGAAUGCAAUUUAUUAAACCUCAUGUAUUUAAAGAGAUAUUUUCUUUAAAAGCCAAGUUACUUUCUCAUAUACAGCAUUUUAGGAAGCAUGAUUUUUUUUUUCUAUCAUCUCUUCCUCCAAGCAUGUUUAAUUGAAGAAAGAAUUAAUAUCUCUUUAGAUAAGCUUUUACUGACUUAAUUUGGUUAUGAUAUUUCAAAGCUAAUUCAUGUUCACGGUGAGCUGUUGUUACCUACCAACAGAUUUCCUGGUCGGGUAUGCAAAUGGUUAUUUUCUUUUUACUGUUGUUAAUUGGGACAUUCUGUUUACAAGAAGCAUUAUUCCCAAGAUUAGUAGUGUUCCAUGCACAGUGAAGCACCUAAAAACACUGCUUGAUGUUAUAAAUUUAAAACACAGAAGUGAAAGUUUAGCUAUGGUUUUGUGCGGCACCACAGUUAUGUCAAUAAAAUUUAUUUAGGUCAUAGAAUAUCCUAAAGUAUCACCUAGUUAAAUUUUUCAGUCAGCGCAACUGGGAGGGAAUGUCAGUGAAUUGGCUCGAAUGUUCUGUGGCCAUCCACAGGCCUAGCCAAGUGUUGAAAUAGAAGUUUAGGAUAUAAUUUGCCUUGUGAUGUUUGGCAGUCGUUGUUUAUACUUUAAAGGUUAUAUUUUAAGCUAUUUGGGAUUUGCUGUUGGGAGUAUCACUAGAUUUAUGGAGGAAUUAGUCACCAAUGACUUGUAGAAAAUGCUGUCAUAUAGUUCAUUUCAUCAUUUUCUGUUGCAGGAAGCCACUCCACCACAGAAUGCUAAUAUGCCAGUGGUACCCAGUACCUCUUGUAUAUAGGUUAUUGCAAAUAUUGUUCUGAAAUGCUUAACUUCAGAAUUACAUUUUUUAAAGUAAAUAAUUGUUUUAAAUCUAUUUUGUAAAGAUAUAAAGUACAAUAGAAUUUCUGGAGUACAGAUUAAACUAUUUGCACUAACACACGUGAUGUGCAUGAUUUAAUAAAAUAACUUUACUCUCCCUAUGCA